AUGAGCUGGCAUCCUACAGAGGUCCCACAGGAGCAGAAGCGAGUACUUUUUUUCGACUGGGCCAUUCGGCUCGGAACGGGCUCGGCCGAUAACCGAGGUCAUCGCUGUUGCACUGACGAAAACGCACACUCGCGGAUGCACCGAAAACCUCCGAAUCUCCGACUGGCCGACGGCGAGGCCGGAAAAAUUACCUGGCACAAAAAGCUGUUUAUACGUUCAGGCAGUCGCUGCACCGCAUUUAACUUGAUUCAUGCUCAGCAAUGCGCUAUGCCUAUGCACUGCUGGCCGCCGGCUCGACUGGGUUCGGCUCGACUCGGCUCGACUAGCCGCCUAUCGCUCGGUGAGGAGGUAGUUGUGGUGACUCGGCUCGUUCGAAGGGGACCGGGACAACUGACGACCGACGCAACGCGACUCAUUUCCCUCGUAGCUAGCAGUCGUUGGUCGGCCGACCAUUCGAUGGCGGCAAAAAGGUGUCGCGAUGGAAAUGAGCUAAUUUAA